GCAGAGGGCUGGCCCUCACCCCGCGCCCCGCCCCGCGCUGCCCGCGGCCGGCGGCCAUCUUGCAGGCGCAGCAGCUUUGGCGGAGGCAGGCAGCCGGUUGCAGGGCCCGGCCGCGGGGCAGCACCGCCGCCAUGAGCGCCGAGGCGGCCGACCGGGAGGCGGCCACGUCCAGCCGGCCCUGCACGCCGCCGCAGACCUCCUGGUUCGAGUUCCUGCUGGAGGAGCAGCUGCUGGAGCAGCACCUGCGGAAGCCCUCGCCCGAUCCACCGCCUGUACAGCUGAUCGUCCAGUUCUUGGAACAAGCUUCCAAACCAUCAGUGAAUGAACAGAACCAAGUCCAGCCACCACCUGAUAACAAAAGAAAUCGCAUUUUAAAACUUCUUGCUCUUAAAGUUGCUGCUCACCUGAAGUGGGAUUUGGAUGUAUUAGAAAAAAGCUUAUCCGUUCCUGUGUUGAACAUGCUCCUGAAUGAGCUUCUGUGUAUCAGCAAGGUUCCCCCAGGGACUAAGCACGUGGAUGUAGACCUGUCCAGCAUACCCCCAACCACUGCGAUGGCCAUACUGCUCUACAACAGAUGGGCAAUAAGGACCAUUGUUAAGAGUAGUUUUCCUGUGAAGCAAGUGAAACCUGGUCCACCUCAACUGAACGUGAUGAACCAGAUGCAGCAAGAAAAGGAACUAACUGAAAAUAUUUUGAAAGUGUUGAAGGAGCAGGCUGCUGAUUCCAUCCUGGUGCUAGAAGGAGCACUUAAACUGAAUAAAGAUCUCUAUGUCCACACGAUAAGAACUCUGGAUUUAUUAGCCAUGGAGCCUGGUAUGGUGAAUGGGGAAACAGAGAGUUCCACAGCUGGACUGAAAAUCAGUGCGGAGGAGAUACAGUGCCAGGUUUGCUAUGACUUGGGUGCAAUCUACUUUCAGCAAGGAGCUACGAAUGCAGCUCUCCAUGAAAACGCUAAAGAGAAGUUUUUCAAAACAAGGGAGUUGAUUGCAAGGAUUGGUUCAUCGUCGCUUCAUUAUACCAUAGAUGAAGGACGGUUGGCGGGGUACUGUCAAGCUUGUGGAGUUCUUACCUCAUCUGAUGACGAUGCAUCUCAACAGGCAACUCCUUACAAUCAAAUCGAUAGCUGUUUGAAAACUGGCAACUAUCAGGACUUGGUGAAGAUAUUCCUUGAAGAUAAUCUAGCCCUCAGUUUACCUGUUCAGUUCAGGCAAUCCGUGCAAAGAGAACUGUUCCAAAAUGCUCUACAAGGGAACGAUGCUCUGGAUGAAGUUUGUUUCAAAAUUUGCGUGUGCAACACCGUCCGUGAUAUAUUGCAGGGUGAAAUAAUUGAUGUUCAGUUUUGUCUGCUGUUCCUGAAACCCAACAAAGAGAAAAUAGACUUCCUCCUGGAGGUUUGUUCGAGAUCAAUAAACUUGGAAAAUGCUUCCGAAUCUUUGAAGAGGAAAAUGGCAUCAUUUCUCAAAAACUUGUGUUUGGGUUUGGAAGAUCUUCAGCUUGUCUUCAUGAUUUCAUCUCAUGAUCUGUUCAUAAAACUUCUGAAAGAUGAUGAACGGAAACUGCUCAUUGAUGAAAUGCGGAAGAGAUCUCCUAGGAUCAACCUGUGCACAAAACCUGUGACUUCUUUUUAUGAUAUCCCAGCUUCAGCAAGUGUCAAUAUUGGCCAGCUUGAACAUCAGCUCAUAUUGUCAGUAGACCCUUGGAGGAUUCGCCAGAUCUUAAUUGAAUUGCAUGGUAUGACUUCAGAACGCCAAUUCUGGACAGUCUCAAAUAAGUGGGAAGUACCAAAUGUUUACGGCAAUGUUAUUUUAGGAAUCAAAGAUAACCUGACUAGGGACUUGGUCUACAUCCUUAUGGCGAAGGGAUUACACUGCAGUGCAAUCAAGGAUUUUGUCCAUGCAAAGCAACUUUUUGCUGCUUGCUUGGAACUUGUGACAGAGUUUUCUCCAAAACUCCGUCAAGUCAUGCUGAACGAAAUGCUGCUCUUAGACAUUUACACUCACGAAGCCGGACCUGGCGUUAAUGGAGAACGUCCUCCUUCUGAUCUUAUAAGCAGAGUCCGAGGAUAUUUGGAAAUGAGAGUACCUGAUAUUCCUCUUCGGCAAGUUAUAGCUGAAGAAUGUGUUGCCUUCUUGUUAAACUGGCGUGAAAAUGAGUAUUUGACCAUGCAAGUUCCGUUACCUCUGGUUCAAACUAAUCCUUACGUAAAGCUGGGACAGUUGCUGGCUGCUACGUGCAAAGAACUCCCAGGUCCCAAAGAAAGCAGACGGACAGCUAAAGACCUCUGGGAAGUGGUUGUACAAAUCUGCAGUGUAUCCAACCAGCACAAACGGGGGAACGAUGGCAGAGUGAGUUUGAUAAAACACAGGGAGUCUACGCUAGGCAUUAUGUACAGGAGUGAAUUGCUGUCCUUCAUCAAAAAGCUUCGGGAACCGUUGGUUUUAACUACAAUAUUGUCCCUGUUUGUCAAGCUUCAUAAUGUUCGGGAAGAUAUUGUGAAUGAUAUUACAGCAGAGUACAUUUCCAUCUGGCCUUCCUCUAUUCCCAACCUUCAGUCAGUGGAUUUUGAAGCUGUGGCUGUAACAGUAAAAGAGCUAGUCAACUAUGCGUUGACUGUCAACUCAAACAACCACUUCUGGUUAAUUAUCCAGGCAGAUAUUUAUUUUGCAACAAAUCAGUACUCAGCAGCCCUUCACUAUUAUCUCCAGGCAGGAGCUAUAUGCUCAGACUUCUUUAAUAAGAUGGUACCACCCGAUGUGUUCACAGACCAGGUGAUAAAAAGAAUGAUAAAGUGUUGUUCAUUACUCAACUGUCACACCCAGGUAGCUAUUUUAUGCCAGUUCCUCAGAGAAGUAGACUAUAAAACUGCAUUCAAGGCACUGCAGGAACAAAACAGUCAUGAUGCCAUGGAUUCCUAUUAUGAAUAUAUUUGGGAUGUCACAAUUCUGGAAUACUUGACAUAUCUCCACCACAAAAGAGGUGAGACCGACAAGAGGCAGAUAGCGAUAAAAGCUAUUGGCCAGACAGAGCUGAAUGCCAGUAACCCUGAGGAGGUCCUACAGCUCGCUGCACAGAGACGAAAGAAGAAGUUUCUUCAAGCGAUGGCAAAACUUUACUUCUAGGCUAAUGGUGGAAGACCACUAUGAAAUUUGUGAAAAGGGAGAAAAAAAUUCUUCCACAACUUUAUUUUAAGAAUUCAUUUAAAUUUUUAUACAACAUUUACAGUCUGGUAUCUCUCAUUUAGAAAUAGAUGAAAUCUUAUAAUAAAACCCCGUAUCUUUACAAACUGUACAGAAGGCCUGAAACAACAACUUCAGCUAUUUCCACGAGGGAGUGGUUGAAGAAGCUCUGAAUUCAAGUUUGGGAACUUUAGUGGAAAAGAGCUUCAUGAACUGCUCAGCGCUGAGUUGUCCCUGAAGGGGGCACAGGUAGGAGCACCUUGAAGAGGGAGGGGGCCUGGCAGCCGUAUCGCCCAGUACUGUCCCUUCAUCGACAGAAGUUAAGCACCUCACAUGCAGAGGUAGUAAACAUUCCAAGGAAAACACAGUAGUUAAUGCUGUUCAUGAACACUGAUAAAACAUAGCUCUACAGUUGCUACUUAAAAUACUGCUCCUAGGACUUGAGUGGUCGUAGAAUACCAGCAAUUCACUUCUUUCCUACCCUCCAGUUCUAGUUAUUUUUGUUUUUAACUGUUGCACGUUUGUGGGUGGGUCUUGUAAAACAGAACUCCUUCCUUCAAGGACUGUACUUCUUCCAGUUAGGUUACUUCAGCAGCACGCUUCUGUUCGUACUGUUCCCUGAGGUCAGUGGUAUGCCGGAUCUUAAGUUUAUGGCAGCCCUAAAAGGUGAUUUAUCCCCCUCCUACGGAACUAAACCUUGCUACAGGGCUGGCUCUACCUUAGCCCAACAGCGGAGUGGUUUCAGAACAGUAAACUGCUUACUCACUGACCUCUGUAAUACUGCACCUGAGCUCAGAGCUGACUAACUUGCAAGAGAAGAAAGGUCAAGAAGAGGUAAUAUGUACAAGCUGGCACCGCGUUCUCCUGUAUGGCUAUCCCAAGUUAAAGCACAGUGACAUGUAAGUGAGCUGAGUGGACCAACUGUGCCACUCAGCCCUUUCAAAGCAUGUGCUUGAAAUUCAUAAAUUAGGAAUGUUCAGAGUUGAACUGAGUCCUACGUGAGAAGAGACUAAAGUAGUCCAGCCUCCUGUGAUGACACAGGCAGGGAUGCUUGGUCUAAAACUUCUUUUUUCAAGGCUGUAGGAAAAUGCUGGUCCCCAUUUCCAUCUGAUGCUCUGUUGGACAUGUCUUACUGCUGAAGUCUUGAGUAUCAUUAAAGAGCAUUGAAGUGA